GCGGCGGCUGGCAGGAGGGCGAAGAGGAAAGGCGUACGGCCCCCCCCCGCUGCCGGAGGAGCCGCCCUCCCCUUGGGCUCGCCCACACCCGGCGCGGCAGCCAGCGCCGCCCGCCCCGAGCCGCGGCGGAGCGCGCCUGGAGGCGGCCCGGUACCCGCCGGAGGCGGCGGCGGUGCGGGGCCAUGCUGGCGGGGCUGGGGCGGGCCGUGCGGAGCGGCUGCGAGCGGCGGCCCCCGGGGCUGCGGGGCGGGCGCGCUGGCUGCCCGCUGGCCUCAGCGCCUCAGGGAGGCUGGGAGGAUGACAGUUUUCAGGUCUGCAAGUUGUUCUCUGACUUUUUCCAUCCUCGGCUGCCACAUGAGUCCUGGAUCAUAUUGAAAUCGCAUCCAGUGCAGGUGCGGCUGUGGAGGCACGCCGGAGCGCGGAGGGGCUGGCCGGGAGCACCGUACAGCAUGCUGGUGCCAUCUGAUGAAGUAACUAUUAAUUACAGACAUGGUCUUCCUGUGAUAACUCUUACGCUCCCCUCAAGAAGUGAACGCUGUCAGUUUGCCGUUAAGCCAAUGAUGACCACUGUAGGGGCAUUCCUGCAGGAUGUGCAAAAAGAAGAUAAAGGAAUUGAGAGACUGGAAGUCUUUACAACAGAUGGUAGCAAGGUUUCGAGUGCAGCCUUGAUGGAGGUCUUACUGAUGAAUGACUUCAAACUUGUUAUCAAUGACACAACGUACAGUGUGUCACCUCCUGUAAAAGAUAAGCUGAGUAGUGAGCAUGCUACUGAAAUGGAAGAUAUCAAAUCUUUGGUCCACAGAUUGUUUGUGGCUCUACAUUUAGAAGAUCACCAGAUCAGGAAAGAGAGAGAAUUGCUACAGAAAGUGGACCAUCUGAAAGAAGAGCUGCUGCCUCUUGAACAGAUGAAAGCCAGAAUCACUGGCAGCGCUGAUGCAAAGACCUCCAGGCUUCUGUGGGUUGGCCUAGCUCUGAUGUCAACACAGGGGGGAGCGCUGGCAUGGCUCACAUGGUGGGUCUAUUCCUGGGACAUCAUGGAGCCGGUCACAUACUUCAUUACUUAUGGGAGUGCCAUGGCUUUCUAUGCCUACUUUGUUCUUACUAAGCAGGACUACAUUUACCCCGAUGCUAAAGACAGGCAGUUCCUCCACUACUUCUAUCGGAAAUCCAAAACCCAGCAUUUUAAUGUGGAACGAUAUAACAAGCUCAAAGACGACCUAGCAGAGGCAGAAGAAUCCUUGAAGCGUCUCCGCCAACCUCUGCAUCUGAGGCUUCCAAUCCAGGAAAUCAAUAACAAGGACUGACUUUGGUUUUGUAUAUAUUAGAAUCAUCCUUUCAAAGCUGAUAUGAGCAUUUAGUUACUUUAUAGAAACUGGGUAUUUUUGACCACUAUACUUUUGAAAGUUGCAAUAAAUAUCUAUAAAAAUUA